UGUCUCGCGGGUUUUGUUUUGUUCUGGCGGUUCGUUUGGAGACUGGAACGCGAGUAUGUCGGACAUCUUCUGAGCACUUUAAAUAUCCCACAGCCACCAAACCAAACCAGGUGAACAUGACAUCUCCAGCUGGACCACAGUCUCACUUCCUGUGGCGCUGGAUGCCGAGCAGCUCUCGGGCCGGGGUGUUUCUGAACGGGUCUCCAGAAGAAGUGGACUCUGUCAGGAGCAGCUGCAGCUCUCCAGGUGUGGACAUGUCCUUGGAGGACUCCUUCGGUGCCCAGUUCGCCCCUUUACCCAUGUCCCGCAGCAGCAGUUGCCUGAGUGUGGACUCCAUCUGUCCUUCACAGUCCAGCAGGGCCCCGGUCUCCGCACCCUCCAGCAGCCCUGCUGCAAGAAACCCACAAGUACUCCUCAACCGGCUCCAAGAACUGAAGCAGCUGCAGCAGUGCAUGCAAGAGCAGCUAAAAUCCCACCAGCAGGAACAGCUGCAAAAACUGCAGAAUGAACAAUCAAGGCUUUUGGGAAUGGUGCAGACUGCCACAGAGAAUCACAAUAUGCAACAGCUGUACAUCAAAACUACCGAGCAGUCAAGGUCCUCUCACACAAGACAGAGAGAUUCGCCACUUCAGCUUGAGCACCAGCAACCCAGUGAAGUGGAAAGGACACUUGACCCAAGUGUGGACCAGGCGAGUUCUGGACAUCACAGUGAUGAUGAUUAUCAUGAAGAACAAUCGCUGCAUUCUGAGGAUAAAAGCCUGUGCCAAAAAGGCGGUGAAGCAGAACCACAUGACAGGCCAAUCAGCUCAGGUGGCAGUGGGAAGACGUUUGAAGAGAUGCUGGAAGAGCAGCUCAAGCUGGAGAAUGAGAAGCUCAGCAAGAUAUCUAGUGCUCCUACUGAUGCAGCAAAGGUGAAGAAGCCAUUUCUGAGACGAGGGGAAGGCUUGUCCAGAUUCACUAGAGGAAAAACCACUGGAUCAGUGAGAAUCAGGGCAACUAGUUCAGACACCAAACCCACACCAAACAUCAAUCCUUCAGUCAUUCAGAACCUGACCAUCAGAUCCCACCAGAGCUCUGAGCCAAAACAAACUUCUCCAAAAUCUAUAAGUACAACAAACAUUGUAACCCAGCGUAAGACUGCUGUACUGAACAAAAAUAACUUUCCUCAAAAGAUUUCAGGACCAGUAACCAAGGCAUUUGCAAAAGCUCAUGUUCAUGGAGGCCACCAAAAGGUCAGAGCAGAAGGGCAGAAUGUGAGCUCUGGACAUGUCCAGCACCAAAGCAAGAGUAAUAAUAAGCCUGAAGGUCAGAAGGUCCUCUCAGAUAUCAUGGUUGAUAUCAGUAAGGGGGCAUCAAGACAGUUUCACAGUAUGGAUGAGCAAAGUGCUCGAAUUGCAGAGAACUCAUUUGAGGUGUGGCUGAAAGAGCGUGGUGAACACUGGGAAAGAGAUCAGCACCGUGAGCAUGUGGAGCUUGGUGAGUUUGAGCUGCUAGAGAGAGCAGCAGAUGAGUUCUCUUUUUCCAGUAACUCCUCUUUCAUCAACACGCUUUUGCGAAGUAAUGGCAGACGCCUUUCCUCUACUCCUGUCAAAUUGCCACCAAAAUCGUCAUUUCCUGACCAGUGUCUCGACGACAAUACUGGCCUCAGCAAGACUCGCGGGCCCCUAGUACCACCUGUAGACAGUGUGGCAGGGAUGGAGGUGCCAAGUGCACAACAGGAUGAAGUGAUUACUGAGUGCUCUGGAGAUGAAGACAUGGAAAAGUCUGAUGACUCGCUGUGUAGCAACACAGUUUUUCACCAGCCGGCUAUAGUGCCAAACCAGACACAACCUUUCAGCUUCCAAGUUUCAGCACUGCCCUACGAUAAGAUCGCUUAUCAAGACAGAGACAGAGCUGGAAGUCCAGAAGGGGAAGAGGAGAGCCAUAAAGACUCGACUCUGGUGGACGCCAGAGGUCAGGUUGAGUUUGAUGAUGACGACACGUGGCAUGAGCCUGAGAAUUCCACUUGCAGUCCUGCAAAGAUGGAUGAUCAGCCAGAUAGGGUACUGAAGAGAAAGAUUGCAAUCUCAAAGGGAGCAGACCUUGAUCAUUGUUCUAACAGCCCAUCAGAUCGUGAACAAGAACCACCACCGACGUGUAAGUUAAUAGCGAAGAUGUUUCCAGCUCUGAAGCCAAAACAGUGUCCUCCUCCAUCAGAAACACCAAAUUCAGAUGAGCACAAUGAACAAGGAGCAGCCAGAUCAACAUUACUCCGUGAGCGCUUGGUGGAACUGGAGACGGAGAUAGAGCGCUUCAGGAAAGAAAAUGCAGCACUGAGCCGACUCAGGCAGGAAAACAAAGAGUUUCAAGAGAACCUGUGCAAGGAGAGAGCGGAGUUUCAACAGAACAUGGCAGAUGAACUUGCCAAAUGGGAAGAGUUUAAGCGUGAGGAAGGCCGGAAGCUCCAACGUGAGAAGAAGCUGUUUGAGAAACAUGCAGCAGCUGCAAGGGCAAGACCUGACAAACAGGAACGAGAUGAGAUACAGUCUCUAAAACGGCAGCUAAACACUCUGCAGGAGGAUUUAAGAAAACGAGAUGCUCGCUGGACCAGCACACACAGCCGUCUCAGGCAGCAGAUAGACACCCUCAGUGCAGAGAAUGCUACUCUCCGAGACCAGGUCCGCACGCUGGAAAGACUUCGCCUUAGUACCUGGAAAAAUGCUGAGUCUGGACGGGAGAAAGACAGAGGGAGGUCCAGUGCAUCCAGCAAUAGUAGUAACACCAGGACUACAAAAUCCAAGAGCCCCUCUUCCAGUAUUAAAAGCACCCCACCUGAGAACAGCAAGAAGAUAGAAAGCCUAGAGGUUCAGAAUCCUCCCAAAAUUCCAGCCAAGUCCUCAAGCACCACAUGCUCUACAGAUUGGCAAAAGGAGCCCUGUCCAGUGGUUGGUCAACACCACAUCUCGGAUGAUUUAAUAGUAUCAGAGGUAAAGAGCUAUGAUCCUCAGCUAAUCAAGAAGUCCACCCUCUCGCUCUUGGAAGUGGACGGUCACAGGGACCUCACGGGGAAAUCUGAACUUGAACAGGAAGAGAUCGCGCACACAGAUGGCAAGAUUGAAAAGAUAUUUCCUGAUGGAGGACGACUUACAAUUUUCCCUAACGGCACAAGGAAAGAAGUGUCUGCUGAUGGACUGUCAGUCAGAGUCAGUUUUUUCAAUGGGGACAUCAAGGAGAUAAUGCCAGAUCAAAGAGUGAUUUAUUAUUACGCACAAGCUCAAACCACACACACGACGUACCCUGAUGGGCUGGAAGUGCUUCAGUUCCCAAACAACCAGAUAGAAAAACACUUCAUAGAUGGCCAUAAGGAAAUCAUAUUUCCUGAUCAGACUGUGAAGAAUCUCUAUCCAGAUGGAAGAGAGGAGUGUGCGCUCAUUGAUGGUACAAUAAUACAGCAAAACCCGGAUGGCACUAAGCAGAUCCAGUUCAACACGGGUCAGCGGGAGCUGCAUACUGCAGAAUUUAAGAGACGGGAAUACCCUGAUGGCACAGUUAAAACUGUUUACUCGGAUGGCCGACAGGAGACCCGCUACCCCACUGGCCGUGUGAGGCUCAAAAACCCUGAAGGACAUGUCAUCUUGGACACCAAAGCCUAAGAGAAACAGUGAAGUUUGGUGGAAAGGAAAAACUGUGUCAAAAGUGGGAAAAACAAAUGUGUGUUUUUAUAUUAACUAAUAGCUGUUAAUUUAUUUGUAGUGUACAUUUUUGUAAAAUAAAUAUCCACUAAAUUAACCAAA